AUGAGCGACCGCGAGCGCAAUGCGUCGCGAAGACGACCGCAGGGCGACGAACGAAGACGGCGCAGAGAAUCACAUGGCGACGUAGACCCUGAGCGACGGCGAAGGAGAGAAUCCCGCGGUGAGGAUGCAGUCUACGAUCGGGAAGGAAGACGGAGAAAGGGACACAGGGCGACAGACUCUUCAGGCGACUUACUGCCAAAGCCGCCCCGGCGGUCGAGACACCAGAGCGACACAGAGCAAGAAUCCCCAGCACCACGUAAAGCUCAAAGAUCGCGGCGCAAUUCUACAACAGACGGAAGUGGAAGGGGAAGUCGAGGCUCAGCUCCUCUGAGUCUCGAUGCGCUAGCGAAGCUUGACAAGACCAAUGCGAAGAAGGCUGGGGGCUGGGGAGCCUACGACUACGACGAUGAAUACCUCAAAGAGGUCAGGAAGAAGGAGAAAGACUUGGAGAAGGACCGCAUAAAGCAUGAGCGAGCGGAGAAGAGGAAAGAGCAGCAAGAGGAGGAAGCCAGACGACGCGCUGCAGAGAGCGAUGCCGCAUUGCUUGAGGAGAAAGCUAGGAAACGGCGAGAGGAGAAACGGAAGGCUGCUGCGUUGAAGCAAAGUCAGACUGACGAUGAGCUCGAGAGGAAAAGAGGCGCAUACACCGAUGAUGAGCGGGAAGAACGACGACGCAGACACGAAUCGAAAUACACACCGUCAGAGGCCGACGAGCGGAGAGAACGAAGACGGCAAGAGAAGCAACACCGCACAGAACAGAAGAAGCGGCGCGUUAUCAGCGGACCCUUGGCUGAAGAGGGUGGCAUCGACGACGAUUCCGAGUAUCGAUUCAUGAUGGAGAAGCGCGGAGGUGCAGGCAGUGGCCCGCCGACAGUAUACACAGAAGAGGAGCUGGCACGAAAGAAGAAGAAAAAGCGCAUAAUAUUCGCCAUAGUCUGCGUCGUGAUCAUCCUGGCUAUCGUCAUACCUGUCGCCGCAUUGCACUCGAGCAGAGGCAAGGAUGACGAAAGCUCAGGGAGCGGAUCCGCCGCUGCCUCAUCGGGGCCAAAGAACGACAAUCUAGCUGGGAAGGACCGAAACAGCGUGCCGGAAGCGGACCGAGGUGGCAUAUUGGACCCGUGGGCAUGGUACGAUACCGAUGAUUUCAACGUCACCUACACCAACAAACUUGUUGGAGGCCUCCCGGUCAUCGGUCUCAACGACUCCUGGGACGAUGAUGUUCAAGCAAACCCGUCCGUUCCGAAACUAUCAGACUCGUUCGAGUAUGGUAAGACACCUAUUCGUGGUGUAAACGUCGGCGGCUGGCUCAACCUCGAGCCUUUCAUUACGCCGUCUUACUUCUCUCAAUAUGGGUCCAAAGACAACGUAGUCGACGAAUGGACGUUCUUGAGCAAGCUCGGACCUGCAAAGGCGAAAGACACCAUGGAGAAGCACUACUCUACAUUCAUCAACAAGAAGACUUUCCAGGAGAUCAGGGAGGCUGGCAUGGAUCACGUCCGCUUCCCAUUCGGCUACUGGAUCGUGCAGACAUACGACGACGACGUUUACGUACCGCAAGUAGCAUGGCGCUACCUUCUCCGCGGUAUUGAGUACUGUCGACAAAACGGGCUCCGCGUCAACCUUGAUCUUCAUGGCGCACCAGGUAGUCAAAACGGCUGGAACCACUCUGGUCGUCAAGGCCAAAUCAACUGGCUGAACGGCACAGACGGCGAUAAAAACGGCCAACGUACCCUGGAUGUCCACCACAAGCUUUCCGUCUUCUUCGCCCAAGAUCGCUACAAGAACGUAGUCACCAUGUACGGCCUCGUCAACGAACCCCGCAACGUCGAACUCGACACCGAAAAAGUAGUCGCCUGGACACAAAAAGCCAUCGAUCAAAUCCGCGCUGACGGCAUCGAAGGCAUCAUCGUCUUCGGCGACGGCUUCAUGGGCCUCGACAACUGGCAAGGCAAGCUGCAAGGCAACGACAAUCUCCUCCUCGACGUGCACCAAUACGUCAUCUUCAACACGGAUCAGAUCAAGCUCGAGCACCGCGACAAGCUCAACUUCGCCUGCGAAGCCUGGACCCAACAAAGCAAGCGCUCCAUGGACAAGAAAACUGGUUUCGGGCCUACCAUGUGCGGAGAAUGGUCCCAGGCAGACACAGAUUGCACGCAAUACAUCAACAACGUCAACACAGGCACACGCUGGGAAGGCACUCUACAGGCCCAAGACGGUAAAUCCGGUGCUGUCCUCAAGCCGCAGUGUCCGCUGGAAUCGUCGCAGUGCUCUUGCGACCAGGCCAAUGCCGACCCGAAAAAUUACAGUGAUCAGUACAAGAAGUGGCUGUACCAGUUUGCGAUUGGCCAGAUGGAUGCGUUCGAAGCAGGUUGGGGCUGGUUUUACUGGACGUGGGAGACGGAGAGCAGCACGCAGUGGAGUUAUAGGCGGGGGCGCGAGGCGGGGAUUCUGCCGGAUAAGGCGUAUGAGCGCGAUUGGAGUUGUCCUGGUAAUGGGGUUGAUGGGCUGGAUCAGUUUGAGGGGUUGGCGGAGAAUUAUAGGAGGAUGUAG